AUGAGAAGCUUCACCCAUCCACUUCUCAGGAGGUGGUUGUGCCUCUCACAUCAGUGUGUGCCAAGGCAAUUGAGUCCAAGCAAAGGUUCUAUCCUCAGUCCAAAGCAGUUGUCUCUGAGACAGAGCUGCAGUGCAAGGCUUGGGCUCGUGACUGCCACUGAUAUGGUCAACUACUGGCAGAAGGUGUUUGAGACAAAUGGGAUCCCUGAAGCACGAGAAUCCAGUCAAUAUAUUGUGUCAUUUGUCCUGGGAGCAAAAACAUUUCAGAGCCUGAAUUCCAAGAUCCUCCACACUCCACUUACAGCAGUGCAGCAGGAGCAAAUCCAGCAGCUGAGCAACAAACGACUAGAAAGGAUGCCAGUGCAGUAUGUGCUUGGUGAGUGGGACUUCCAGGACCUGACGCUGAAGAUGAGACCUCCGGUAUUUAUUCCAAGGCCUGAAACAGAGGAUCUUGUCUCUUUGGUUGUGAAGGAAGAAUCUCAGAAAUGUGAUUCAGGCCUCUGUUUCCCAGUUCCCGUUCCUCAUCCUGUGAUCCUGGAGAUUGGCUGCGGCUCUGGAGCGAUUGCUCUAAGUCUCUUGUGCAAACUGCCACAGAGCUGGGUCAUAGCCAUGGAUAAAGCGGAGACUGCAGUGGAUCUCACCAGGGAGAAUGCACAUAGGCUGCAACUCCAGGAGAGGAUUCACGUCAUCCACCAAGAUAUUUUACACAGUUCUGCCAAACAGCUGCUGCUCUGGGGUCCCAUAGACAUCAUAGUCAGUAACCCCCCCUAUGUUUUCCAUGAAGACAUGGCUUCCUUGGAUGCAGAAAUCCUCCGCUAUGAGGACCUUGAUGCACUGGAUGGGGGAGAUGAUGGGAUGAGAGUCAUCAAAACAGUUCUGGCUUUGGCUUCUUCUCUUCUGAAAGAUUCUGGGAGUGUGUUUCUGGAAGUUGAUCCCAGACACCCGAAUAUGGUGGAGCACUGGCUACAGGCACACCCCAACUUAGUACUCACCCUUCAUGCCAUUCACAAGGAUUUCUGUGGCAAGCCUAGGUUUCUGCACAUCCAGAAACAAAGGUGA